AUGUGCUACGUGGGGAAAGCAACAAAGAUCUUCAUCUUCAUUGUGACGGUGCUCGUUGUUCUGGGUCUAGUUUUGGGAUUGGGGCUCCUUCGCCGCCGCCACCACAACAACACUGCAAAUAAAUGCUCAGACGAAUCUUGCAUUCCUUCACCAACCACAUUUCCAAACCCCAAUUUCAACACACCAACCCCACCUUCUCCAAUUGACAACAACCCCACUACCCCACAAACUCCUCAGCUUCCAAAUCCAAUUCCUCCACCUCCUUACUCCAAUAACCCAUCUUUGCCGCCGCCGCCGCCGAUUCUGCAGUCUCCGCCGCCGCCGGAGGAAACAACCCCUCCGACUCCUCCUAGUGUGGCGGCGCCGCCUAUGAACACUCCCACACCAGGGUCGGCGCUGUUGACCCCAGGUCCUGUGCAUGCUAUGGCCUAA